UUCAACUUUUCGUUGCUACGCGUAAAUCGGAGGGUGGCUGCCACGUCACAAUAUCUUAUAUCCUACACUCCAAAAUCCUAUAAAUACACCACAUACCAAUUUCUACACAAAUUCAUACCAACACAUUUCUCAACCUCUUCAUUACUUUCUUCAAACCCAAAAAUCAAUCAAUCACUACAGAUAUGGAAGACUCCAUUCAAAUCAAGGUUGAGGAUAAAACACCGGUUGAUGUAAAGGAAGAGAAGGUUGAGAUAGAAAAGGAUUUGGAGAGUACAAAAUGUAAGGGAGAGAAGAAACAUAAUGAUGAAGGUGGGGAUGAUGAGAAGAAAAAGAAAAAGAAGGAUAAAACUGAUGCAGAGGGGAAGGAGAAGAAGAAAAAGGGAAAAGAUGAGAAAACUGAUGUAGAGAAGGUUAAGGAUAAAGAAGAUGGUGAUGGAAAUAAGGAUAAGGAGAAAAAGAAAAAGGAAAAGAAGGGAAAAGAAGAUGGAGACAAGGAUGGUGAAGAAAAGAAGGAGAAGAAUGAAGAGGGUGAGGAGGGUGAUGGAGAUAAGAAAAAGAAGAAUAAGGACAAGAAAGAGAAAAAGAAGGAUAAAAAUGAGAAAGAAGAGGGUGAAGUAUCUAUAAGGGAUAUUGAUAUAGAAGAAGAUGACAAGAAAGAAGUUAAAGAGAAGAAGAAAAAAGAUAAGGGAGAGAAGGAGAAGAAGAAAAAAGUUUCUGGAAAGGAAAAGACCAAUGAUGUUGGCGCGCUGAAACAAAAGCUUGAAAAAUUGAAUGGAAAAAUAGAAGCACUCUUGGAAAAGAAGGCAGAUAUAGAGAGGCAGAUUAAAGAAGCUGAAAAUGGAGGUCAUGGAAUUAACGUGAAGGACAAGGGAGAGAUAUAGUAUGAAAUUCAGAAUAUCAUAUACUACCAUGGAGGGUCAUAUACUGUAAUCAUAUACUAUCAUGCAUUACAUUUGCACUUGGUGAGAGGUUUUGUUUUGUGUAAUAAACCUGUUUUCUUCUACUGAUA